UAAAGACUUGCUGUGAUUUAUAAUUACCCAAAACACAUUGAAUUGUUUGAACGGUACUCUGAAGCAUUUAAUGAGCCAUUUAAAGAGCCUGUCUGGCUGUUAAAAGCGGACACAAACAGCUGUUUGACAUCUGUAAAAUGUUUGUUCUCCCUGAGACAAGAUUUCCUCUCCUUUUUCUGCCUGCAGUUCAGCACGCGUCCCUAAACGGUCUGUGCUUGGCCCUUUGCUCAGAGCUGAAAGGAGCUGCAGCAGGAACGCUGUUUGUUUACUGUGGAGUUCAGGUUUUCCUCUUCAAUCAUGGAUCGUAAAGGGCUUCAGGUGACACUUUGUCUUCUUCUGCUUGUGGACUGCUCGCUGCAGCAGACUUCUUCUAAGAAGAAAAAUGGCAAGAAAGAUUCGGUAACCAGCGCUGCAAUUGAGAAGCUGCAGCAACAGAUUGAUGACAUUGUUCAGGAGCUGACCCUGCUGAAAGAGCACCAAGCCUUACAGUCAGUUUGUUUGAAAGGCACAAAGAUCCUCGGAAAGUGUCUCCUGGCCGAUCCAGUGAAGAAGACCUUCCAAGCAGCCAGUGAUGACUGCUUUGCUAAGGGAGGCACCCUGUGCACCCCUUUAACGGGUGUCGAGAACGACCAGCUCUACAGCUACGUCCGCCAGAGUGUUGGCCCCGAGGAGCAAAUCUGGCUGGGCAUCAGUGACAUGGCGACAGACGGACAUUGGGUGGACCAGUCAGGCUCCAGCCUGCGCUUCAAGAACUGGGAGACUGAGAUCACCCAGCAGCCCGAUGGAGGUCUCAGCCAGAACUGCGCCAUCAUGUCCACCACGGCCAACGGGAAGUGGUUUGACGAGAGCUGCAGAGCUGAAAAGGCCUCAGUGUGUGAGUUUAACAUUGCUUGAGAGCUUUGCUGUGGCUCUUUUGUUUAAACUCUGAUAUCCCUCUAUGCAGAUGAUAUUAGCAUUAAAGCAUAAGUAAGGAUAUACAGUUUUCUUUAGACCUCUGUUUCUACACGUCAUUCAAAGAAAAAACAGUAAAUGUCACAGUAUAAGCUACUCAGUGGAGCAGUUAUGUAAAUUAUAAAAAGCUCAUUAUGAAUUAAAAUAUUUUUUAGAAAUUCUUGAAAAUGAUAUCUGAAUCGUUUGACGGUGUACUGCAUGUUUAAUGUAAUAAAACCAGUUUUUAUAAAU